AGUCUCAGGCCCUGAACCUGGCAACUCUAGUAAUAAUCGGUGGCCCUCAUGUUGUUAGAUUCCCAAUUCCCAUCGGCCUUGGUCAGCAAAUCCUCUUCCGACCGCUAAGAAUUAAGACUUGAGCAUUAUACUGCUCUUCAGCCAGCAUUUUAUCCUUUUCCAUUCCAUCAAAUGAUGACUGCAGUUCCAAACAUGGAGAUGAUGAAUGAAGAGGAAGUUCUUCAGGGGGCUUUAGAUUCAAACAUUGUUCCAGAACCUGUUCAAGCUGUUAAAGGAAGGAAGAGAAAAAGUAAAUCUUCUGAACCCAAAAAACCUGCUGCUAAAGCUGCCAAAUCAAAAGGCAAACAAGAAAAAAUUACAGAUACUUUUAAAGUCAAAAGGAAAGUAGAUCGUUUUAAUGGUGUAUCUGAAGCUGAACUGUUGACCAAAACUCUUCCUGAUAUACUGACCUUCAACUUGGACAUUGUAAUUAUUGGUAUAAAUCCAGGUUUAAUGGCAGCUUACAAAGGCCAUCAUUACCCAGGACCUGGAAACCACUUCUGGAAGUGUCUCUUUUUGUCUGGGCUAAGUGAAGAACAGUUGAAUCAUAUGGAUGACCAUACAUUACCACAUAAAUAUGGUAUUGGAUUUACAAACAUGGUGGAAAGGACAACACCAGGUAGUAAGGACCUUUCCAGCAAAGAGUUUCGGGAAGGAGGAAGAAUUCUGGUGCAAAAAUUGCAGAAGUAUCAACCUAAAAUAGCAGUUUUUAAUGGAAAAUGUAUUUAUGACAUUUUUAGUAAAGAGGUUUUUGGCGUAAAAGUUAAAAAGUUGGAAUUUGGACUGCAGCCACAUAAGGUCCCAGACACAGAAACACUUUGCUAUGUUAUGCCAUCAUCCAGUGCAAGAUGUGCUCAGUUUCCUCGUGCACAAGACAAAGUUCAUUAUUACAUAAAGCUGAAAGAUCUAAGGGAUCAGCUGAAGGGCAUUAUGCCAAACACAGAGGUCCAGGAAGUGCAGUAUACAUUUGAUUUGCAGCUUGCACAAGAGGAUGCUAAGAAGAUGGCUGUCAAAGAAGAAAAAUAUGAUCCAGGUUAUGAAGCAGCUUAUGGGGGUGCUUCUGGUGAGAAAACCACCAGUGAUGGAGAACAAUGUAACUUGCCUUCAAAUGGAACAGCAACCAGUGCAGAGUAUAGCAGUGGAUCUUCCUUUGGAGAUGUCUCCAAUGGACAGUGGAUGACACAGUCUUUCACAGACCAGAUUCCAGAGUUCAACAAUUCUAGACCACAAGAGGAAGAAGGAAGCAAUGCUUAAAGUCUGCCUUUUCAAUCCAGCCUAAGUUCUUCAGGGGUUUUUUAAAUGCAGUUGUCAAGAAUGGUACCUCAGUUUUCUAACUGAAGCAUUUUUAAUUGCAUUUUACCUCUUACUUCUCUUAUGAUAACCAUUUGUGUUUGUAGAUGUAGACCCCUAUGAAUUAGGUUGUAUUAAGAAAAUGUACACGUUUUUAAAGAGAGCCUUCCCUUUUUCUUUUUUUUUGUAUGAGACUUUUAUAUUUAAAUUGUUCCAUAGUUGCAAUUUUAUCAAAACUGACUUCUCAUUGGUGAAGACCUGUUUUUUGUUUUAAAUCUGUAUUUUGUAAUGUAGUUUGUGAAUGUAUAUUUUUAACCUAUCCCUUCAUCUGUUGGGAUAUUUCAUGGGUGUGUUAGUACAUCUAAGGAGAGGAAAAAUUGCUUGUAGAUCAGACAUUGUUACUGGUAGUGACAUAGCAAGUUAUCGUCCAGCAAAUCUGCUACACACAGUCAUAGACAUUCAGGCCUACCUCUGAUGUGAAAGAGUCUUGCUUUAUAGCAGAAAAAAACAUGCAUGCAUAUAUGUACGUCAGUUGACUGCUGGCACUUGAAUGUGUAAACUACCUCCAUUGAAAAGCAUUAGAGCGGAGCCAAAUGAUCACCAGGUUCACUCUUCAGCUCAAAAAUACCUAUUUUGUGGGGGUUAAGAACCUUCGUCCUACCUUUUUCAUAGAUUGUCUGCUGCUGUUUCAGUUGGUCCUCCCCCCCCCCCCUUUUCAUUCAGUCAGGGAUUAAGUACUGGAUGUGGUGACAUUACAGUGCUAUGUAGUCAGUCAGAUUUGACUAUGUCACUAAGAUCAAGUGAAGUCACUUAGAGUGAGGGCAGUGCUUCCUAUUCAGAUUUUGAGGAUAAUCUUCGCCUAUAAGGGAUUUCAAGAUGAACAUUUUUAACAGCCUUUCACAACGAUCUUGAAAAAUCACAGAAAGUGGUGGAACGUCUUUCAGUACUGAUAAAAGAUACUCAGUGUAAAUGUUUUGGUUUUCCCCUCUGCUCCACUGCUUUUGGCUCAACCCUAAAAAGCACUCCUUCUGAGAAAUGGAAAUUCUGCCUUAUCCGUUGUGGUCCAUGAUAAACAUGCAUGUGUGAACAGCUCAUUAGUGUUUGUGAGAUAUGGGGGGGAGCAUGUCAAGAAGAGAGGUAUGGGAAGAGUGUGCACACCUUUGUGAGAGUUUGAUACCCGUGUCAUCGUCACUUGUCUCAGGGAAAUGGAGGGAAAUACUUUAUUCCCUUCUACCUCCCAUCUGAAUGUUGAGCUAUAUGGGGAACAGCAUGUAGUGCAGAACUCAGAAUGGAAGGAUCUAGCUCAGGCCUGGGGAACAUAUGACCAUCCAGAUGAUGUUUGACUCUAAAUCUCAUCAGCCCCAGAUAGCAUGGUCAGCAAUCAGGGAUGAUUGGAGUUGUUGUCCCAGCCAGGAGUGUACAGUAGGGCCCCGCUUUAAGGCGUUCCGCUGAUGCGGCACCAUUCAUUUUCAAUUUGAAAGGGUUUUUUCCCCUUUUGCAACGUUUUGCGUUGUUUUCGUGUCAUUUUUGUGCGACGCGGCCCAUUAAAGUCAAUGGGGUUCCGCUUUACGGCGGGGGUCUGGAACGGAACCCGCCGUAUAAGUGGAGCCCUACUGUAGUCAUUCAGGGGGUCUUAGGCCUCUUACUUUUUAAAGAACAGGCUCCCAGCCGGGUCUCUAAGACUCUGGCAUCAGAUGAGCCUAUCAGCAUUAAAGGGGAGUGUUAUCUACUGAGAAGAGUCUUCUAUCGUGCUUCCUUGUCCUUUUCUGCUGACUGGAGCCAAUCAGAGUGAAAGAUUAUUCUCAGUAGCUAACACGUUUCUUUUUCAUGCUCAUUGGCUCCGAGGAACAUUGUUGCGGUGGGCAAAGGCGUUAACAAGGAUCUCAAUCCAGCAGCAGAAAAAAAAGGAGGGGGAGGGGAGGGGGUGUGGCUGUGACUAUCAUGAAGGGCCCCUGCGCUUCUGAAUUUGCCACUACACUACUGCUCCCAGUAUAUUGAAGGCCACAUGUUCCCUAACACUGAUUUAGUGUUUCAAGAGAACUUUUAGCAAGAAUAAAGAGCCAUCUUGGGAAGGAAACCAGCAUGCUAUGUAUAGGCUUCCUAAAUACACACAUGGCACCAAAAGAGGAAAAUGUUCGAAAGAAACAGGAGGGAAAGGUUUGAUCUGAAAAGCUCUGUUCCAGAAUUUAGUAUUUUUCCCUUCUAGGAAACAGCAUUCCACACCUUGCUGGCCAAGACUAUGGCGGUGGUGGUGAUGGUGUGACGUUUAAGAGUUAGGCAGCUACAAGCAUACCCUGGGAAAUGGACAGUUAUCCACUUACAAAGCAUUUCCUAAUGGUUUUGGGCACAAUUUGCAUUGCAGGCACAACACCCACAUGUGGAAGAUAGCUUGCCUUAUUUUCCCUCUCCUCCACUUACUCAUGGGUGCUAAUACAGGCAUUGCUACAGCAUGCUGGGGGACUGGGAGGUCUGCGCAUCGCCAUAUGCCUGUCAAACACUUUCUCUCCAUGCCUUGCAAGUUAAGCUUGAAGAGGGAAGUUUGGAUGUGAGUAAGGGAGGUGUGCCUCACGCCCCUCCUAAUGAUCCACUGCCUGAAUGCAUAGGCAGAAGAGGGAGAAAACAGCCUCUAUUUAGCUCUAUUAGAAUCCUUUACAUGCAGGUUUUGAAUCUACAAUGCAAGUGGAUCAUUCCCAUUGUCUUUAUACUUAAAUUGAUGUCUAUAAAUUUAGAUUGAUACUGGGAGUGUGUGUCCUGCCUGUGCCUAAUAUUUUGCUUCCUUCUCUCCCCACCCUUUGUCUCAAGAGGGGAAGAGAUGGCUUAAAAAUAAAAGCAAUAAGAGGAUGAAACAGAAGUUUUGAUAAUCCAUUGAUUAGGUGCUUUGGAUACUUGAAUUAUGCGCAAGAACUGUGUCUCCAUAAUGUAUACAUAGUUUAGAUCACUAAGUAUGCCACAAAUAGCUGGAUUUAUUUAAAAAUGUCUUGUGUGUAUUAGCAUCAAGAAUUAUGAGUUGAGUGGAUCAAUUUAAACUAGAUCCAUAGCCUGCUAGCAGCUAUGAAACUUUUCCAGAAUGUUUUCACUUACUGCUCAUUAAGAGAUAAGCAUGUUUAUGAUCUUUCUCCAAAAUCAUGUGCUUUAAUCCACAAACCCAAUAUUGUUGUUUUUUUAUUACGAUUGAUAUGUAUAUUCUGGUUCUGGUCAUGUUGGUUAGUUGCUGUGGAAAUUUACUUAUUGGCUCACUGAUCUAUAAAAUGAUUCACUUGCAGCGCAGUCCUAUGUAUGUUUACUCAAAAUUGAGCCGCCCCCCCCCCCCAUGUUCAGGGAGAUUUACUCCCUAGUAAGAGUGUUCAGGAUUACAACCUGUACAAUUAAAUGGACACUUUCUUGCAAGUGCUUGAAGUGCCUUGCAUCAGGGAUCUGGAACAAUUUUUAUUUUUUAUGAAGCUAUCACCACAGGUGAUAGAUAGCUCAAUAGAAACUAUUGUAAGUGUGAAAAGGGAACAUCUUGUUUUGAAAGGGCAUCCAUUAAAUACUUUAGGAAUGAAACAGGAUAAUGAAAUGUGAAUGCACAUCUAUUCUCAAACAUGGUGCUUUUAAAAACUAACACUUCUGCCAAUUUCUUGCAACCCCCCUCUCCCCAAACAAACCAGGAAUUGUUGCAGUAUCUUCUGGUGCUUAAUUGUGGCAUUGUUUAAGUCUUAAUGCUGAAUUGUUUGUGCUGUUAAAAAGAAGAAAUUGAUAAAUUAUUUGAAAUAAAUAAAAGAACUGAUGUUUAAUUUUAGCUUUU